AUGGCGCCGCGCAACGCCCCGCGCCGGGACCGCGCAACGCCGGCCCCGAGCGCGGCCCCGAGCGCGGCCCCGAGCGCGGCCCCGAGCGCGGCCCCGAGCGCGGCCCCGAGCGCGGCCCCGAGCGCGGCCUCGAGCGCGGCCCCGAGCGCGGCCCCGCGGAGGCUGAGCCGCCACCUGCCCUCACCUGCCGGCCCGGCCCCGAGGGCACACAGGAUCUGUGAGGGAGAGGGUCGGUCCUCCGCGGACAGCACGGGGAGGCUGAACAGGCUCUACUCUAGCCUUUCCACCUGAGAGAGAUGCUCCAGUUCCCCAAUCACCUUUGUUGCCCUCUGCUGGGCCUGUUCCAGGAGCUCCGUGUCUCCGUGCUGAGCAGCCUAGAACUGGACCACCUACUCCAGAUGUGGCAUCGCCAGGACUGAGCAGAGGGGCUGGAAGAGUGCUGCAAAAUUGCAAAAAAAUUACAAAACAGCUGGAAGCAGCGUUUCAGCCCAACCCAACCCAAAGCAAUCUUUUUCCUUGUUAAAACCUUUUAUUUGGAAAGAAUACACUUACCAACACGAAGAAAAUGUUUUCUGCAUAACCACAUUUUUAUUUUAGCACCAUUAAUGGCAAACCAGAUAAUUUUAUUCACCAGUGUUAGGGCUGUUGGGCACAGAUAUGUAGCUCCUGCUACAGACCACAUCUGUGUUUUGUUCAGGACAACUGCAGAUGGGAUGAGUGGUGCUUCCCACAGAGGACCAGACAAGAUUUUCAGCCAUUUGUUAUGUAUUCCACUCCCUAAUUCUGUAAACGGCUUCACUUUGUACAACAUCCUAACAGCUGAAUAACACGUUUGAGGGAUCAACAAGAGAGGCAAGUUCUUGAGGUGGAAGUGAUUCACUGGAUAUGUUGUAUGUUCAACUGUGCUGCUGCUUAAAAAGGCACACAAAGUAGUUCCACACAGAAAAUAUAAGGAAGCUCUACAUAGUAGCCUAUACAGGAGAUCACGAUUUUAUCUCAAUGCCUAAGCGUCAUCCCAGCUACAUGUCAAAAUGGACAGUUCUAGAGAUUAAAACUACUCUUGAUUUCUUUAAGUGCAGUGUAAAUUACAUUUUCCUGUGCAACUGUGCUGGGAUGGUUUCAUAAAUGUAGAAAUUCCCUUUGUCCUAAAAUGUAUGAAGUAAUAAAACCAACUGGAGCACAACCUGUCAAUGAGGAGAACUGGGCUUAUCUUUGUGAGAGCUGCUGCUGAGAGAAAAAUGUGCAAUCUGCUCUGCUCCUCACAAAGCAGGGAAUUGUUCACGAGGUCUUAAAUCGGGAGUAGAUAACAUCCCCAGAAUUGCAAGAUGGUUAGAAAAACCAGAGGACAAGCAAUGCAAACAUUUCACACACAAUUGCCAUAAUUGCUCUCCUCAACCCAAAAGCAUCAGGCUAAUCUUGUUCAGGCUAAGCUGCAAACGGCCCCCUUGAUCCGCACCCCUAUGCAGUAAAUUAGAGACCUGAGAGAUUGCACUAAUUGAAAUGGAUCUCUUCCCAGAAGAAUGUGAGCCAGAUAACGAUUGCACGUAAAAACACCUGGAAAUUGGGUCUCAGCACAGCAUUCACUGACAGAAAUUAAUCACGCUUUAUUGUCUUGCAGUUUCUACAUCUCUGUUUCACCCUUGAGAUGUAGCUUGCCUGAGGGAAGAGGCGUCUCUGCAAUCUUCCACUAGAAUUCAGAGAAGAAAGCAGUCACUGGUUCCUCUCCAAAUUUUCCAUUGCACAAGGGAUAUGAGCCUUGCUGUUGCAACCUUAUUCCCACCACUUGGCUUGCUAGGUCUUGGAAAACCCCAGCUGAGCAUAGUUUGGGGGUUUGGGUAGCAGGGCACAGUUCUAGGCUCUCAGGAGGCUUUUCUGGGCUUUCUUAUGCAGGCAGGCAGUAACCAUGGAAGCAUGCCAACUUCCAGCCUGAAGUACUGCUCAGAUUAACAAAACCCUACAUUUACACGAGGGCUGUGUUAGUGUAAGUGCUGGCAUGUUCAGAUACGUUGUUAUUCCAUACAAAAAGGAUGUUUUGGUGUAAACUGAAGAGUAAAAAACCAAAGCCUGCAUGCUUUAGUACCUUUAACAAAUAAAAGGGUGUCUGCAGUAGCAACAAAGCUCAGAGCUGCAGAAAGGUUAAACUGAUGCUACAUGAUUAGAGAGCAUCUGGAGCAGUAUGGAUGUUGGUUGAUUAUAAACACAAAUAGAAAUCAUGUUCAGCAUUAGUUAGGUUCGAGGUUUUUAACCAUGCAGUGCAAAUAGCAGAGUCUCAAAGUUUCAGUUUCUCCUGAUACUGUGAGAGCUUUGUAGUGUCACUGAGCUUCAUGGCAUUUUUACUACGUGGGCUUUGCUUGGUCCCUCACAGCUAAGUGCUACCUAUUGUCACUGCUCUUAGCCACUACACUGACUCAGUGAGAUCAAGACAGAGCCACUCAUAUCCUUAACAAAACGCCCAAGAACAUUUCUGGACACAAGUAAAGAUAAAGGCAGCAGACAAAGCUCGUAAUUUAUAUUGUCUCAUAUCCCUUAAUGAGAUUAAAUGUGGAGUUAGUGUUCAUUUUACUCUUUAGAAUUUAGACUCUUCAAAGUAUCUUCCCCUCUAACCUAUUUUCUUGUUUAGUAUGGUUAUUUAGUUGGGUUGUUUGCUUGUUUUUAAAAUGGUAUCUUUUUUUUGUUUAAUGGAGGGCAGUGAGCAACAGCAAACACCAAGACCAAGUUAAAGCCCUAUUAAUAUCUUUGUUUUCUUCUGUUUCUCCUGCAAACUGUGAUCUUCAGUGUUUCGACCAUUCUUCUUAGAAGUUUUGUGUGUACAAGGAUUAAACUCUCAGGAAGUUUAUCAUCAGUCUCUAGUGGUACUUGUGUGAUAAUCCAUUAGUACUGACCCAACAGGACUCUUAACUGCAAUUAACAUUCAUUUGGAUCAGCAGCCUUA